AUGUCGCGAGUCUACUCACCACUAACCAAACAGUUAUUCGAUGAUAGUGUCUGGAACGAGAACGACGAGAUUGGUGAUCGGACUGAGCCGAGAGAUGCUCUUCGAGCUGUUCUACUUGUCGUCUUAUUCGGAUUGACGUUUGCGGCAUCUAUGGUGGCUACAUUUUUGAAAGGCGAAUGGGCGCGUAGUCACAUCCUUUCGUUUGUCUCGUGCAUCGGCGGCGGAGUCUUCCUUGGAGCUUGUCUUUUGGAUCUUCUACCAGAUUCAAUCGAAUCUUUUGAAAAAACGAAAAUUGAAGUGGAUUUCCCGCUGCCGCUUGCAUUUGUGGCUUUCGGGCUUUUACUAGUUCUGUCGAUCGAUCAGUUGGCUCGAUUUGCCAAAGAGCACAAUUGGUUUGGAGCUCAACAUUAUCAUUUGCAUAGCCAUGAUCACGAAUCUGGCAGCUUGACCCAUGGCGACGCGAACGCAGAGGAGGAGGAAGAGCAAGCUCAAUCACGCCUUGGUGCAGUUUUGCUGGUUUGCGCCCUCUCCGUGCAUGCAUUGUUUGAAGGACUCUCUUUGGCAGUCACUUCCGACGCCUCGCAGCUCCUUCAAAUUUUUGGAGCACUCGUCCUUCAUAAAUGCAUCAUGGGAUUCUGUCUUGGCGUGCGACUUGUGCAGUCGGGAAUGUCGACUCCGUGGCUGGCACUGGCCGCCUUCGCUUUUAGUGUUCAGGUAUUGAUUGGCGGAAUCGCUGGAAUUGGAAUAAUGAAGUUCAUAAGUGGCGGUGAGCAAUCAUCGGCAGCAAUUGUUGCCUCCAUCCUCCAAGCCAUCGCUUGCGGCACAUUUUUGUACAUAACGACGUUCGAGGUGAUUCCUCAUGAGCUUCACAACGGCAAACAUCGACUCUCGAAGCUUUUCUUCAUUUACGUCGGAUUUUCCAUCGUAGUUGGUUUCAUUUUGGCAUUCCCCGAUGCUGCUUAA